AUGUCGCUCGGGACGAAACUAACCGAGCAUGAAAUUAUUCAACAUCAGCAGCCCAGCAUAAAUAAUUCGGAUGAGAAUGAUCAGCGAACGCCGAUGAAUCGAACAUAUGAAGAUAAAGACGCAGCAGGAAAUGAAAACGAAAUGAAGCGAACACCUGAUGGUCAAAUUUUGUGUCCAAGAAUUCUGGACGUGCUUAAUUCAGUCCACAAAAAACCGGCAACUCCUGAUUACACCAGAAUAUCGCACCAUCGUACAUGCCAGCAAUCUGCUUACCGUCUUCUACGCUUCACGAAUAAAGACCCUCCAAAGGGCCCUUUUUUCAUAAGUUUUAAGAAGAAAUCAGCAGUGAUAGAGACAAAUUAUUACGAUAAAAGAUGUCGCAUGAGUUUCUUUGAUCAGGCGUUCUCGAAUCCACGGUGUAUUGGAAAAGGUUCAUUUGGUGAGGUUUUCAAAGCAUUCAGCAAAGAUGACAAACGUUGUUACGCUGUUAAAAUUACUGUAGAACCGUUUCGCAGCCCAGCAGAUCGUGAGGACAAGUUGAGAGAAGUUCAAAAACAUGAAUUACUUCCGAAACAUCCAAAUCUUAUUUCUUAUGUGCGAGCGUGGGAGGAAUAUGGUUUUUUAUAUAUACAAACGGAACUGUGUCAAUACAGCCUUCUGGAUUACAAGAUGAAGAUGGGAAUUAUUCCCGAAAAAGAUUUAUGGCUUUUUUUUGGAGACAUUGCAUUGGCAGUGCGCUACUUGCACAGUCACGAACUUCUUCAUCUCGAUAUUAAACCACAGAAUAUCAUGGUUUCUUUUGACGGAGUUUGUAAACUUGGUGAUUUCUCAUUGAUUAUUGAUAUAAAAAAGGAUUCGAGACAAGAAGAAGGUGAUGGAAAAUAUUUGGCACCUGAAGUCUUGCAGAAGGGAGCUCAUAAACCAAGUGACAUAUUUUCGCUUGGAAUGACAAUGAUUGAUAUUUAUGUCCCACCCGCUUUGCUGGAUGUCAUUUUGCUUCUUCUAGAAAUAGAUCCUAGCAAAAGACCUACUGCUGAAGAAAUCUGUUGCAUCCCAAUGUUAGCGAAGUGCAUUCAUGAACGCCAGUAUAAAUAUCUUAAACAUAAUAUGUGGUGGAUACUAUUAACAAUUGGUUAUUCAUCUCUUUUCGCCAUUUCGUGGAUUGUACAACCGAAACGUAGCACAAUGAUGCAUGCAGCAACUUAUCUGAAAAGAAUGUAUUUAUUUCGUCGUCGACGUUGUGCAUUUCGUCAUAUCUUCAAAGCUACAUCUGAUGAAUCUCCGAUGUUUAAAAAUGGAAUUAUUCCUCGGGUCACUGACUCCUCACGGUUGGAACUAAGAUUUGAUGAAGACGAUGAGGAUUACAAAUACGAUGAUACUGAAACUGAGAGCGAUUAUAAAAUGAUGAGUCAAAAUGAAGAUGAGCGGAUUAAUGUAAUGGAAACAUCUGUAAAUGAAGAACCACAUUUCGAUGAAACUGAAGAAAAUUCGAGGAUGGAUGUUGACACUUCCUCUCCAAGUAGUGUGGAAAGUGUUUGUGAAUUUGAUCAAAGUGAUGUUGCUGACAAUACAAACAAUGCAAAUAUACCCAGUUUAUUUCGCAACGAAGUUACUUUCUAUCAAUUUGGACCAAAACCUAGUCUUUUUGGAAAAAAGGACUGCAGUAUUUUACGCCAAUAUUCCCAAUAUACCUCAAGCGAAAUGAAUUCUGACAAGGCAGACGAAUUUGAACAGCGGUUUUCUAAAAUAAAGCAGAUUAUUGCUGAAGAUGAUUAUGAACUGCCUAGUACAUCAGGAAAUAUUUCUGACAAACGAAAGUCUCCAGAACUGCCAUCAUCGGACGAAGGAUCUCCUUUGCGUGACGGUUACACAACACCACCAAGUAAUACAUCUUCAUCUCUUACAUGUAAAACACCGGCACGAGGUCGAUUUGACGAUUUGGCUGAGCAGAGACUGCGUCAAUACUAUUGGUGGCAGGAAUCGCUUAAAUCACCUACUAAGAGAACUCAUCAGGAAGCAGUGGAAGGUGCAGCCUCAAGAAAUGAUACAGCGCCAGAAUAUGAAAAGCAGAUGUCAGGAUUAGAAGAGGGAUUAGCCCAAUCUACUGGUGAUACUAUUCGUCGAAGAACUUAUUUUCAUAUGCAUGAACCAUCACCACCAGCAAAACGAGUUCAGAUUGGUAAUGGAAAGGGUACUGGUGAUAAUGAGAAACAGAUAGAUGACCUACAAGCCAAAAAUCAGGCACAGAUGCAAAAUGAUUUCUGUAGGAAAUAA